GUAACAUGUAAAUAUGUCCCCCGGUGAGGCAGUGGUGUGCACGGCAGCCCCGCAGCUCUUCUGACUGACAACACUGGUGCAUUGGAUUGAACGAGAGCGCCGAGUGUCGGCAGCGGAACUGAGCAGCACAAAUCAAUGGCGAGGACGGAACCUCGCGCCUAGACGACGCCGAAGACUCCGACCAGCAGGACAAGAAGGUUCCUGUGUCGCCGAAGCUAUUUUUCCGCGCAGCAAACUCUCCGCUACCGCCCGUCAAGCUAGCAGGAGGUGGCGGCUAGCCGGGCAGCUAAUGUUAGCCGACGCGGGGACAUUCUCAGUGGGAGUCGUGAGGCGAUCGUCGCUGACCACCCGAUCCGAGAGGAGUUGCGCGAGUCCCAUGCCCUCGCCGCGCUAGUCGCCUGCACCAAGAUGUCCACGACCUCGCUGGAUAAAGAGCUACAGGAGCGGCUGAGAGAGGCGUCCGCCAUCGGGGACAUCGACGAGGUGCGGACGCUGGUCGAGAGCGGAGUGAACGUGAACUCCCAGAACGAGAUAAAUGGAUGGACAUGCCUGCACUGGGCAUGCAAAAGGAACCAUAAGCACAUCGUGUUCUACUUACUCAGCUGUGGAGCGGACAAAGAAAUCCUCACGGCAAAGGAUGAGCUGGCCUCGCAGCUCACAUCCAAACCAGAGAUCAAACGGCUGCUCGGAGUUGAGGUGGAGGAAGUGCCUGAAGUCAAAGAGCCUGAAUUGCCAAUCAUUCCCAACUACCUGUCCAACCCGCCCUUCAUGUACUCCAAGAUGGAUAACAAGUCGGAGGUCAUCUUAGCACCGCAAGUCAUACAGAAUGGUUCUGAAGAACACGAAGAGGACACGCACAGCGAUUCAGCCUCCUCUUCUCCAACCCACGAGCCUCAGAAGUCACAGAGCCUAGUCUCGGACGGCCCUGCUCCUCCUUCACACCCUGCUGCCCACGGCCAAGCCCCGACAGGGGAACUCAUUCCUGUGACUGAGCAAAAUGGCGUUUCACCCAACCCGCCCUCAUCCCACAACCACACUGUUGUUAACUGCACAGUGCCCAUGGACCUAUCAGUCGAGCCGCACCUCGUCAACCACGCUGACCACCCGCACGCGGUGGGGCACAAUGGCACCAUGUGCUCACCACCAUUGGCCAGCCCCGGCUUGGCCAGCAACAGCGGGAACCAGGUCCAGGCCCAGGCCCCAGUGACAAGCGCGAACCCAACCAUGAGCCGGCAGCAGUCGAUCCCACAGCAACUGAGCUACGGCCAGGCCGGUGGGACCAUGCCCGCCUUCCAGCCUUUCUUCUUCACUAGCACCUUCCCCGUCAAUGUGCAAGAGUUGGUGCUGAAGGUCCGUAUCCAGAACCCCAACGCACGGGAGAAUGACUUCAUCGAGGUAGAGCUGGAUCGCCAGGAGCUCACCUAUCGCUCCCUUCUGAGGGUCUGUUGUCGCGAGUUAGACAUCAGCGCUGAGCACGUGGAGAAGAUCCGCAAGCUGCCAAACACCAUGUUGAGAAAGGACAAGGACGUGGCUCGGCUGCAGGACUUUCAGGAGCUGGAGGUUGUGUUGGAGAAAGCCGAGGGCCUGUCCCUGUUCUCUGGGACCGGGGCCCUAACAGACAGACCCUGCUACAACAUGAAGGCCUCCCGCCUCACCUACUAGAGCUACUGCAGACCCCGAGGUCUCUUUGUGUAAGAUGGGCUUCUGUAGCUUCCCCUCCAGCAACCAUAACCAGUUGCCUGCCCGGGUCCCUUGUUACAGCUUUGUUCGGGUUUGGUGUUUUAACAGUUUUCUAACUGGGAUAUCCCUCUUCUUUUUUAUUUUCAAGUUCUGUAGCUAUUGUCCUCCUCUGGCCCUCCUGCCGCUUUAGUGUACCCAACCAGUCCUAAGCGAUUACUGAUGCAUGGUGUACUCAAUUAUGUGCAAAAGUAUUUGGGCCCCUCUCUCCUCUCUCUAUCCGUUUUUCUCCUCCUGCUGCACUUUGUGCCAAGGCACUCGUGGGACAAUGGGGGGGGGACGUUGGCAGAAUGCCUUCCUUAUGGACUGGACUUGAAUGGGAUUCUGCAAUAGCCCUAUAUGGAUACAUCCCCACGCUGGCUGUGAACUAUAGUCAGAGUGGAAAAUUGGUCUGUUUGAGAUCUGGAGCAAAGGACGACGGGAAGGAUUUACAUAACUGUUACUUGAUAAGUUCAUCAUUAGUCCGCAGAACAAGACAAGUUGCAGCACAGUGGACUUGCACAAGGCAACUUGGAUUUCUAACAAAUUGACCUACAGAUGUGUUAUCAGAUCGUCUAGCUGGCGUACACACUUUCAUACAAGCUGUAGGCAUAAACCUUAGUGUCUUUGCCGGCAGAGGGCGUCCAUGGCCGGCCCAGUUCUUAAGGUGGUGUUAAUCUCACAGUGGGUGAGAUUUAGAUAACUUUAAACCAAUAGUACUUUAUUUUGCUGACCACACAUGCAGUGUGCUUCAAUCUGUAUCCACACAUGAAUGGAUACAUUAGAAUAGGGGUAUUCCCUUCAUAUUUUAAGUCAUUCAGUCGUACACUGUGGAAAAGGAAUAAUCAGUUUGUUUAGAAUUAUUCUCGUUCUUGCAUUAUCACUUCUGCUUUUCAGGAUGUGUGGCUCAAUUCAGUCAACAUAACAUUUUAACUGUCAACUGUAAAGUAUUUAUUUUCUUUUUUUUUUUGAGUCAUGUUGAUUCAUACUAAUCGAGGCUGUGCAUUUGCGCUCCAGAGUAACAAAGUUCAAGCUCACAGCCAAGGUUGUGCAGGAGGCUCGCACUGAAAUUUAUCACACAAACGAAUUUCCUUCGUUGAAUAUUUUCCGGCAUUGUCUUUCUGUGUAACUGUAGUUAGAAUCAAAACCAAAAACUAAUCUAGCCAGCAAAGAUACUAACUGCAGAGAGAUUAGAUUUUCCCUUUUUUCAAGUGAAAUGGUAAAGAAAUUCGAUACAGCAAAGGAUCUUGGGUCUUACGAUUGAGUGCUUCCGUUUUAUCUCCGACACUAAUCCGAAUGACUAUUUCUGCUCCUCUAUCUUGCACUGUGUCGCUGAAAGCAACACGGACGAUCAAUAUAUAUAUAUAUGGUGUCACUUUGCUUGUCGAGGCCACUCUAGCGCUAAUAUGUACUUGUUUUUAUUAUCAAAGAAGUAAUUAUUUAGAUUUCUGUCAAUGUUUUCUAUUUGUUACCUUAAUUGGAGGCGUUGCCGAUGUUGUCUUGACUGGGGACAGACAACAUGACUAUUUAUAAAAAUUCUUCCACUAUAUAUCAAGAAUUUAAUUGGCCCAUUGUGUCAGACAGUAACGUUGCUAUGCUGCUUUCAUCGACGCAUUAUAUUCCUUUAAUUCUCAGUGCUGGGUCUCGUUCAUUUGGUUGCGCACUACACGUCAUACAAUCAAAAGAUUUCUUACCCAGCGGUAACUGUUUACUGUUCAGAUCUAUACCUGAUGCUCUUACUGUACUUUCAAUUUUUUCGGAUAUAUUUUUUAUUAAUUCAUUUUCUUCUUGUUUUUUUAACCAGCUUGGCCUGUUGUGUUUUGUGUCAAAAAGUAAACUGUCAAGCAACAAGCAAGAGUUCAACAAUGGGAGGAAGCGGUGAGAUGCUACUGUUGAAGAUGAGUGCAAUGUGGGGGGGGGGGGUCUGUUUCCAGGAAGUUUACGGUGAGGCGACUGCUUAUUUCAUAUUCCCAAUUCUGUUAAAUGCUUUAAGGGGAAGUUGUGCCACGUGUUUAAGGCAAGAGCUUGGAUGAGAAAGUGAGAGCAUGUGGGUGGGGGGGGGACUAGAGAGAAGACCCCUCUGGCGUGUGGUGCCAUGGGUGAGUGAGAGCAGCAUGUCUCAAGUUGAUUUUUUAUAGGAUCCUCUUUGAUUCUGUGGAAAGGACAUGACUGACUGACAUUGUGUUUGUGGGGGGGUGCUUACUGUUCUAGACAAAGCAGAAUACAGUUUGAAUUAACCUAUGCAUUCAGAGUCUGAUAUUUUUAUAUACAGUGCGGCCUGUGUACUUGCAGAAAUAAUCUUAGGCACUGUUAAAGUCGUGUGUUGUUGUUUUUUUCUUGUUGUUUUUUUUAUUUUGUUCUUGAGACCUGUAUCUGUUCUUUGAUAAAAGCAUGGUGAACUA